ACCGGCGGGCGCUGCGCCUGCGCCGGGCCACGCGCGGCCGCCGCGCGUCACUCACGCACGGUGCGUGGGCACGUCGGUGCGUCCGUCCCCACCCCCCGCCCCGGUAACCGGGGAAGUGGCGGCGGCGGCGGCUGCGGGUAUCUCGGGGGCAUCAUGAAUUGGAAUAAAGGCGGACCUGGUACAAAGAGAGGCUUUGGGUUUGGUGGCUUUGCCAUAACACCUGGCAAGAAAGAGGAGCCCAAGCUGUCUCAGCAGUCCCACAGUGCUUUUGGCACCGCCGGCUCCUCGGCGGCAUUUGCGAAAUCGGGGCCUCCUCAGCUGCCUUCCUUCUACAAAAUUGGGUCAAAGAGAGCCAAUUUUGAUGAGGAGAAUGCGUACUUUGAGGAUGAGGAGGAAGAUUCCAGCAAUGUGGAAUUGCCCUACAUUCCCGCAGAGAAUUCCCCCACUCGGCAGCAGUUCCACUCCAAAUCAGCAGACUCUGACAGCGAUGAUGAUCCUCUGGAGGCAUUCAUGGCUGAAGUGGAGGAUCAAGCUGCUCGAGACAUGAAGAGACUCGAAGAUAAAGACAAAGAAAAAAAGAACGUUAAGGGUAUUCGAGAUGACAUUGAAGAGGAAGAUGACCAAGAAGCAUAUUUUCGCUACAUGGCAGAGAACCCCACUGCUGGUGUGGUGCAAGAGGAGGAAGAGGAUAACCUGGAGUAUGACAGUGAUGGCAAUCCGAUUGCACCGUCCAAAAAAAUCAUUGAUCCCCUUCCACCUAUUGACCAUUCAGAGAUUGAAUACCCACCAUUUGAGAAAAAUUUCUACGAUGAGCAUGAGGAGAUCACCAGCCUGACCCCGCAGCAAGUGGUGGAGUUACGGCACAAGCUGAAUCUGCGGGUCUCCGGGGCUGCUCCUCCAAGGCCUGGCAGUAGUUUUGCUCAUUUUGGGUUUGAUGAGCAACUUAUGCAUCAGAUUAGGAAAUCUGAGUAUACCCAACCCACUCCAAUACAAUGUCAGGGUGUUCCAGUGGCACUAAGUGGCAGAGACAUGAUUGGGAUAGCCAAGACUGGAAGUGGGAAAACAGCUGCCUUCAUCUGGCCGAUGCUGAUCCACAUCAUGGAUCAGAAGGAGCUUGAACCAGGGGAUGGUCCCAUUGCAGUGAUCGUCUGCCCCACCAGGGAGCUCUGCCAGCAGAUCCACUCGGAGUGCAAGCGCUUUGGCAAGGCCUAUAACCUGCGCUCGGUGGCCGUGUACGGAGGAGGGAGCAUGUGGGAGCAAGCCAAGGCCCUGCAGGAGGGGGCAGAGAUCGUGGUCUGCACACCAGGUCGUUUGAUUGAUCACGUGAAAAAGAAAGCUACAAACCUGCAGAGAGUCACUUACCUUGUGUUUGAUGAAGCUGACAGAAUGUUUGAUAUGGGGUUUGAAUACCAGGUCAGAUCAAUCGCAAGCCACGUACGUCCUGACAGACAGACCCUCUUGUUCAGUGCCACGUUCCGUAAGAAGAUUGAGAAAUUGGCCCGGGAUAUUCUGAUCGACCCCAUUCGGGUGGUGCAAGGAGACAUUGGAGAGGCAAAUGAAGAUGUCACUCAGAUUGUGGAGAUUUUCCCCUCUGGGCCCAGCAAGUGGAACUGGCUGACGCGGCGCCUCGUGGAGUUCACGUCCUCUGGGAGCGUCCUGCUCUUUGUCACCAAGAAAGCCAACGCAGAGGAGCUGGCCAAUAACCUCAAGCAGGAGGAUCAUAACCUGGGGCUGCUCCACGGGGACAUGGACCAGAGCGAGAGGAACAAAGUCAUUUCGGAAUUUAAGAAAAAGGGGAUCCCCAUCCUGGUAGCUACUGACGUGGCAGCUCGAGGCUUGGAUAUCCCUUCCAUCAAGACUGUCAUCAACUACGACGUGGCUCGGGACAUCGACACCCACACGCACCGGAUCGGCCGCACAGGCCGCGCGGGGGAGAAGGGAGUGGCCUACACUCUGCUGACCCCCAAGGACAGCAACUUUGCUGGUGACCUCGUCAGAAACCUGGAGGGUGCCAACCAGCACGUGUCCAAAGAGCUGCUGGAUUUGGCAAUGCAGAACCCGUGGUUCCGCAAAUCCCGUUUUAAAGGAGGGAAGGGCAAGAAGCUGAAUAUUGGUGGUGGUGGCUUGGGAUACCGUGAACGCCCCGGGCUGGGCUCAGAAAAUACUGACCGUGGAAACAACAACAGUGUGAUGAGCAACUAUGAGGCCUACAAGCCAUCCACGGGGGCCAUGGGGGACAGGCUGACAGCAAUGAAAGCAGCUUUCCAGUCCCAGUACAAGAGUCACUUUGUUGCUGCAAGUUUAAAUAACCAAAAGACUGGGAGCUCUGCUGCUGGUGCCAGUGGCUGGACCAGCGCCGGGAGCCUGAACUCCGUCCCGACGAGUUCAGCGCAGCAAAACGCCGCCAACGCCGAGAGCCCCAUCGCGGCCGCCGCGGCGGCCAAGGGAGUGCCGGGCUUCACCAGCACGGGCAGCUUGAGCAGCGUGCCCCCCUUCCCGAGCGCCGGCGCGCAGGGCUUCAACAACACCAACGCCAGCACCAACAGCCGAGAGGGCGGCGGCGGCGUUGUCCGAGAACGGUACAACGACGGCCGGAACAGUCGGCACGGUGAGGCCCCGCGGCGCGCCGAGGGCGGCGGCGGCCGAGGGGAGGGCGGCGGUGGCCGCUUCAGCGGCGAGGGCCAGCGCUUCAGCGGCGAGGGCCAGCGCUUCAGCGGCGAGGGCCAGCGCUUCACCAACGAGGGCCAGCGCUUCACCAACGAGGGCCAGCGCUUCACCAACGAGGGCCAGCGCUUCAGCGGCGAGGGUCAGCGCUUUAACGAGGGCCAACGCUUCAGCGGCGAGGGCCAGCGCUUCACCAACGAGGGCCAGCGCUUCAAUGAAGGCCAGCGCUUUAACGAGGGCCAGCGCUUCACCAACGAAAACCAGCGCUUCAACGAUGGCCAGCGCUUCAACGAUGGUCAGCGCUUCAAUGAUGGUCAACGCUUCAACGAGGGCCAGCGCUUCAACGAUGGCCAGCGCUUCAACGAUGGCCAGCGCUUCAACGAGGGCCAGCGCUUCAACGAUGGCCAACGCUACAAUGAAGGCCAACGUUUCACCGAGGGCCAGCGCUACGAUGGCCAACGCUACAGUGAAGGCCAGCGCUACAACGAUGGCCAGCGCCACAGCGAAGGCGGUGGCCGGCACAGUGACCUCUCCCGGCACGGCGACGGCCGCCACGGCGACGUCCAUCGCCACGGCGAGGGCCGGCACUUCACCGACUUGCCGGGCGGCAACCGCAACAACGGCGACAGCAGGAACAGCAUCGAGGGCAGGAACAGCGAGAGCAGGAACGGAGAGAGCAGGAAGGAGGCCAACAGCCGAGACAACAAGACAGACGGUUUUGCUGUCCCGGAGCCCCCAAAGCGGAAGAAGAGCCGGUGGGACAGUUAGAAGCUGGGGGUUCACAGCCUGGAAUCUCUGCAGGUAGUGUUGUCGUUUUCCAGAGGAUUUCUUGGGGUUUUCGGUAACUGGUUGUUGAGCAGCUGGGGCAGGAGAAGGAAACCAUGAGAACCCCCACGCAAGUUCAUCUGCGGACAGAUUCACCCGAACGAAGUGCUCACAACACUUAGUGAAAGAAAUCAUUUUGGUAAAGCUCCCUGGGUUCUGCUUUCAAACAUUCAGUGCUCGAGUGACUCUGCUGGAUUUAAACAGGUCUUCUUGACAAAAAGAAGCUGUUCCACAUCCUUGGAACGUUCAGAAACUGUUGUCCAUAGAAGUAUAAAUUAGUCUUUUCUUAACCAGCGUUCACAUUUACAAACCAGUCCAGUCCACCUAGAGAUGCUCAGGACCUGCCUGUUAGACAUUAAUCUUGCAGCAGUUUGGUCAGUAUGGUGAGUUCUUCCUCCAUCUCCUUUUCGCAUAUUCUCCCCAAUAAUUUGGUCUCCAGGUUACCCCUUACCUCUCUCCCCAUCAACUAAGAAUGUAUCAAUUUGCUUUGCUAAGGUGGGGCAGAGCAAGUUGGUUUCAUUUUUUGUUUUUUUCUUUUUUUUUGGUGUGUGUGGAGCUGUUCAAGGGAUCCUUCUCCAUCCCAGCAAGCCACACAUUCACCUGUAGUGUAGGUUGGACUCCCUGGCUUGUUUGUGGUCAGUACUUUAAUUCCAAUCCCAUUGCCCAGAUAUUUUUUUUUCUUUUGAAAAACCUUCUGUUUUCUGAUAUCCUUCAUUCUGGUGGAAGCCUGCAUAGCAAACCUGUGUCUCUGCUGUGCCUAUGCACCCUCUGUUCUGAGAGGGUUGAGUGCUUUCUUCAAAUUAAAAACAAAAAAGGGAAGACAAUGUAGAUAGACCACAACAAUCAGAGGCUGCAGCCCCCCAGGAAGUGUGGCUGAAGGAAGAAGAUUCAGAAAUUCAGGGAUCUGUUGCUCAGAAGCCUUUAGGGAGAACUCAGAAAACAAUUAAUGAAAAGAAACAGCUCAAAUCUGGCCUUGUUUUGGACACAUGGAGUAAAUCUGUAAAAUCUUGCUUGCCCAUUUUUAACUCAUUGUGUGUAUUCCCAUUUUUUAACAACUUUUUUUUUUUUUUUUUUUUUUUUUUGC